AUGAAGCUAUUUCUCUGCUCUAUUGUAUGCUUGGUGUUCAUCUUGAACCAGGUCAAUGCGCUGCCUGUACAACAUGCUUUUGUGCCAUCCUCGCUCUCACAUGAAAGCCCUAUUGACGCCCAAGAAUACACUGUCUAUAGCAGCGUGGUUGAAUACUACGAGAACCUUGUCGACACCACGCUCAGCUCUGAAAGCGAAGAGCUCUUGAUCAAUUUGAUUCACUUACCAAAAGAGUCAAUGAAGAAUAUAUUAACACUACAAGCGGAAUCAAUGGGAUUCAAAACUAUUUCAGAUAAACAGCUCAACAAGAUGCCAUCACUCAUUGGAAAGCAUAUCCAAGCAAUGAACACGCAUGUCUAUGAAUCCAUUGAGCCCAUUGUCAAGAACCACUGGCCUACAGUCUGGGACAAGAAGCUGCUGUAUGCAGAUGAUCAGGAAGAGAUCUUGUCCUUCUUGUCAUCCUUGAACGGGAUUGUCGCCAAAAAGUUGAUGGAUCAAGUGGACAAUUAUAGUCUCUUGGAAAAGAUCAAGCAGGACAUGGUAGCACUGUACGAAAGGGAGCAGGAGCGGUCGUGGUUUCACUGGCUCAGCAGUACCAAGAAGAUUGUGCUGUCGUUUGAAGACACUGUUGCUGAAGAGGACGCCAAUUUCCUGAGACAGCAUGCCACCGACAUCCGCACAAGCUUGCUGAUGGAGCUUCAUAUACAAUUUAUGGAUUUCUUCACCAGAAUCCAGUCUGAUAUCAUCGAGCAAUUGGUCAUUUACGAAGAUUAA